CUUACUUAUUAUUUAGACAAGAAAAAUGGGAUCACUUGAAGUUGAAGGUUAUAUGCAUACAUAUACAUGCCCUAAUGCUUUAAUUUUGUUUCUCUGAUACCGAAACAUCGAACAAAAAAUGGGAAGCGAGGAAGAGAGAGUUCUAGAGAACCAGCUGGAGAUUCAAUUGCAAGAGCAAAGAGACUCACUUGCUGCUAUCAAAGAAGCCCUAGCCUGUGACCCCGCCAAUCCCGAGCUUCUCACUGUUUAUGAAGAGCUUGUUCAGGUAAUAAAAGAUGCAGAGGAAGGGCUGUUUCACUUAAAGCGUGCACGAUUACUGCGAGAAGCUGAUUCGGUGCUAAAUGGCUACAAUCAUAAAUCUGAGGAUGUUAAAGUAGAGCCUCUUGAUCCAGCAGAUGUUGAACGGGAACUGCUGGAGGAGCAAAGUUACGUAGUUGGAUCAAAAUGUAGAUUCCGUCACAGCGAUGGCCGUUGGUAUAAUGGUCAAAUCGUUGAAUUGGAUGAUUCUGAUUCAGCAAAGAUUUCUUUCCUCACUCCAAUAUCUGAAAAUAUGUUGAUGUGCAAGUUCUUUCUACAGCAACGGUGUCGAUUUGGUACUAACUGCCGCUUAUCCCAUGGUGUUGAUGUCCCAUUGUCCUCAUUGAAGAAGUACAUCCCAACAACUUGGGACCAGUCACUAGUGGGUUCAAGCAUUUGGGCAAUAUCAGACAGUAAAUCUGGCAUUUGGAGGGAAGCUGAACUUGAAUCGUGGGAUGAUAAACUUGGAGUAGGGCAAGUUGUUUUCCGAGACGAUGGAAGCUGUGCAAAGCUUGGGGUGGAUGCAAUUACAUUAUCUGAAAAUGCCCAAGUGAGUGAUGAAGAGGAGAGUGAUUCCGGCUCAGAACAAUUUGAUUCUAGUGACUAUGAAGAUGAGGAUUCACAGGGUUUAGGAUUUCUUGAAAGCUCCACCCAACAAAGAGGCAUCCAGAAAGGAACUAUGAUAUUUGCAAAGUGGGAAAAUCACACCAGGGGCAUAGCUUCCAAGAUGAUGGCCAAUAUGGGUUAUCGUGAAGGGAUGGGUUUAGGAGUAUCUGGGCAGGGAAUGUUGGAUCCCGUCACUGUGAAGGUCCUUCCACCGAAGCAAUCUCUUGACCAUGCUCUUGAGUCUCAUGAAGGUGAAGAGACCAACAAGAAGCAAGAGAAGAAGCGGAGCAGAGGUGGAAAGAGAAAACGUGAGAAGAAGUUUGCAGCACUGGCUCGAGCAGCAAAAGAGGAGGAGGAAUUGGAACCUGAUGUCUUUAGUCUUAUCAAUAACCAACUUGCAAUGCAUCAUGAAGCUUUAAGUGGUAGGUCAGCGAAGAAGCAGCAAGGUAAAGGUUCUGGGGAGGGGAACAAAGUAGAUAGACGGGCUCUGGUUGCUUAUGGUGAUGAGGUGAAGGACUUGAGGAUGCGAGCUGAGAAGCUUGAAGAAAUGGUUAAUAGAAACAGAAAGGAAAAGGUAGUUUAUGAAGCUGCCAUGAGAAAGUUAAAUGAAACUCGCAAAGCUUUAGCGGAGGCUGAGGCAACUCAUGCAUCUGCAUCAAGUGCGGUUGUCAGCCGAGAAAAAGAGAAGAGAUGGCUCAAGUUUUAGAUUUUAUAUUAUAUAUGUAGUUGUGUAAUUUAUUUAUACAGGAUGGAUCUAAACGGGGAAAAAUUAUUUGUUUUUGUUUUGAAGAAAAGCCUAAAGCUAGAAUCUAGAUUGAUUUUUAUGUGCA